GCGCGGAAGGGAUAGGCAGGUUAUUAGUGUUCACUUGUAUGUGGUGUAAGCAAGUGUUUAUUAAGGUUUAAAAUGAGAGAUCUGGAUAAAUAAAACAAUGAUUAUUUGAGGCGUUUUCCGUUCAAAGAAUUGGAAGGGCUUAAUGUAUCUCUGAGGAAACUGGUAAAUCGAUAUUAGUUACAGAAGCAAGAAAACAUAGAACAGAAAAAUGGAUAAUCGUAAUAGAGAUUAUAUUGGUUUUGCAACUCUUCCUGAGCAGGUUCAUAGGAAAAGUGUCAAAAGGGGGUUUGAUUUUACAUUGAUGGUUGUAGGUGAAUCGGGGCUAGGAAAAUCUACUAUGAUAAAUAGUCUUUUUCUGGGUGACAUGUAUCGAAAUAGGCACAUACCAGAAGUAGCCGAUCGUAUUGAGAAAACAACUUGCAUUGAAAAAAAGACAAUGGAUAUAGAAGAAAAAGGUGUUCGAUUACGUUUAACUGUUGUGGAUACUCCUGGAUUUGGAGAUGCAGUUAACUGUGAAGACAGUUGGAGGGUUUGUACCGCAUAUAUUGAUGAACAAUUCCGACAAUAUUUCACAGAUGAAAGUGGGUUAAAUAGGAAAAACAUACAAGAUAAUAGAGUGCAUUGCUGCCUUUAUUUUGUACCUCCAUAUGGUCAUAGUUUACGACAAAUGGAUUUAGAGUUGAUGCGACGAUUGCACCGAAAAGUAAAUAUUGUUAUAGUGAUUGGAAAAGCCGAUACUUUAACUGCAACUGAAGUCAAAAGAUUAAAAGCUAACAUACUUAAAGAUCUUGAAGAAAAUCAAAUACAGAUGUACCAAUUUCCAGAAUGUGAUAGUGACGAAGAUGAGGAAUUUAAACAACAAGAUCGAGAACUUAAAGCUAGUGCUCCAUUUGCAGUAGUAGGUAGCAACACAGUGUUUGAGAUUCAAGGGCGAAAAGUUAGAGGAAGACACUAUCCAUGGGGAGUUGUUGACAUUGAAAAUCCAAAUCAUAGUGAUUUUGUUAAGCUGCGAACUAUGUUGAUUUCUACUCAUAUGCAGGAUUUAAAAGAUGUAACACAAGACGUCCAUUAUGAAAACUUCCGUGCACAAUGUAUUUCACAAAUUUCACAGCAUGCUCUUAGAGAGCGAGGGAAAUUGAAACGAGAUUCAGUAGGAACGGGAGCAAAUGGCCAAGAUAUAAAUUAUUCAGAUACCGAUAGACUUUUAUUACAAAAAGAUGAAGAGAUACGUAGAAUGCAGGAUAUGCUCACACAAAUGCAAGAAAAACUUAAGAAGACAGCGAUCUCAGACAAAAACAUUGAUAGCAUAAUAGAUGUGUGAACCAACAAUUCAGUGUUAUCGAAUGUUUUUAUUAAAUGUGAAGCCCAUAGAUAAGGAAACAUAUUGGUGAAGCCAAUAUGUUUAAAAAAUCAUUUUUGUAUUACAUUCAAGGUUUAUGAUAAAUUAUGAUUAAAAAAUCAACAAAAACAUUGAUAGCAUAAUAGAUGUGUGAACCAGCAAUUCAGUGUUAUCGAAUGUUUAAAUUAAAUGUGAA